CUCAGUGAAUUGGGGCUCAGUCUGACGUAAGCUUCAUGUUAGUAUUUGUGGAGACUUUACCGCAGCGGCUCUUAGGUUUGAAGUUUAAUUCCAUUUUUAAAAUUAAGGCAGUCGGCAGUGUGUUGGAGCUUCUGGGCUGGCAUGGCGGAGAUCACGAAAGAUGUGGAACAAGUCUCUGUGGCUGAGCUUUAUGUGUCGGACAAAUGUGGCAGUGAUCAGAAUGGAGACGGUUCAGAGCAGAAACCCUUCAAAACUCCUCUCAAGGCUUUGCUGUCUGCUGGAAAGGAGCCGUUUCCCGUCAUCUAUGUGGACUCACAGAAAGACGGUGAAUGUUGGGCGGUAAUCUCCAAGACCCAGAUGAAGAAUGCAAAGAAGGCAUUUAACCGUGAGCAGAUCAAGACUGAUGCCAAAGAAAAGAAAGAGGCGGAGGACAAUGAGAGGAGAGAUAAGAACCUGGAAGAAGCCAAGAAGAUCAUCAUUGAGAAAGAUCCCAGCCUCCCCGAUCCUGAAAUGGUUAAAAUCCAUCACCUGGAGGCCAAGCGAGGACACAGAGUGAAGGUGUUUGGAUGGGUUCACCGCCUCAGGAGGCAAGGAAAGAACCUGAUGUUCAUCGUGCUGAGAGAUGGAACUGGUUUCCUUCAGUGUGUCCUGUCUGAUAAUCUGUGUCAGUGCUACAACGCUUUGGCGUUGUCCACAGAGAGUACCGUCGCUCUGUACGGGACCAUCACACCGGUUCCUGAUGGCAAACAGGCUCCAGGGGGCCAUGAGCUGCUCUGUGACUUCUGGGAGCUGAUCGGUUUGGCUCCGGCCGGCGGAGCAGACAACCUGCUGAACAAAGAGUCGGACGUGGACGUCCUGCUGAACAACCGUCACAUGUUGAUUAGAGGAGAGAAUGUGUCCAAGAUCCUCAGAGUGCGCUCCACUGUCACACAGUGUUUCAGGGAUCACUUCUUCAGCUAUGGAUACUGUGAGGUUACUCCUCCAACAUUGGUGCAGACGCAGGUGGAGGGCGGCUCCACGCUAUUUAAACUUGAAUACUUUGGCGAGCAGGCCUACCUCACACAGUCCUCCCAGCUUUACCUGGAGACCUGCAUCCCUGCAUUGGGUGACACUUUCUGCAUCGCCCAGUCAUACCGAGCUGAGCAGUCCCGAACCCGCAGACACCUGUCCGAGUAUACACAUAUCGAAGCGGAGUGUCCGUUCAUCACGUUCGAGGACUUGCUGGACAGACUGGAAGACCUGGUCUGUGAUGUGGUGGACCGAGUGCUGAAGUCCCCUGCUGCUCAACUGCUCUAUGAUAUCAACCCUAACUUCAAGCCCCCAAAGAGGCCUUUUAAAAGGAUGAAUUACAGUGAAGCUAUCGAGUGGCUCAAAGAACAUGAUGUGAAAAAAGAUGAUGGAACCUACUACGAAUUUGGAGAGGACAUCCCCGAGGCCCCUGAGCGGUUGAUGACGGACACCAUUAAUGAGACUAUUCUGCUGUGCCGUUUCCCGGCUGAGAUAAAAUCCUUCUACAUGCAGCGCUGUGCUGAAGACAGACGCCUCACUGAAUCGGUGGACGUGUUGAUGCCCAACGUUGGUGAGAUUGUUGGAGGAUCGAUGCGUAUCUGGGAUGCUGACGAGCUGCUGGAGGGAUACAAGAGAGAAGAAAUCGACCCGACUCCGUACUACUGGUACACUGACCAGAGGAAGUACGGCACGUGUCCUCAUGGCGGGUACGGCCUGGGUUUGGAGCGUUUCCUCACCUGGCUGCUGAACAGGUAUCACAUCAGAGACGUCUGCCUCUACCCACGGUUCAUCCAGCGCUGCCGACCCUGAAUGCACCAGCUGCCACCUUGGACAUAAAAAAGCCAAAUCAUCAGUAGCUAUUAAAGUGCAUGUCGCUGAGCUCGUGUCGUCUUGUCAGCCUUUGUUUUUCUUCGAGUUGGUGGUGGUCAUUUAACUGCUGAUAAAUGCUUUUGUUUCCUCUGAUUGGUCAAGUUUCCCUCCAUAAAGUUCACUUUCAGAAGUCUUAUAAGUCAAUGACUUCAACAUCAGAUUCAUUAACCAAAAAAUUUACUCUAAAAAUAAAAUUUUAGUACCACAUUUUAAGAGGGGGGGAAAACACGGAUUGUAAUACUUUGAAAGGUUCAAACAGAGUAAAAAAAAAAAGUAUUUACAUUAAUGAAGUUGUAAUGUCGUAAGAACAAAGUGAUGUUUGACAGUUUGGAGAUUAUUAUUAUUUUCACUAAGAUUCAAAAGUUUGUAAACUCUGAGCCUGGAACAAAAUCUAAAUGCGAGCUGGAAUUAAUUCUUAGAAAUGAAUAUUUUGAGGUUCUAUUCAUGAGAAAUGUGAGUAUUUACAGACAACAGAUGUACCUUCUUUCCAAAAUGUCACAUGUCAUGACUGUUUUUACUUUCUCCUAAAGUUUGAUGUAAUUCUGGGAUCGUUUUUUUUUGUUGUUUUUGUUUUUUUUCCCUUCUCUGGAUUACAACUUUGCUCUUGUAACACUUACUCGGACAUUAUUCCCAAUCUGUCAAAACCUUUUCAGGUGAAUCUUUUAAAGCAUCUGUGUGCAGUGUUUUUGAUUUACAUGAUGAAAAACCAUCUGAACGACGACUGCAGAAACACAUUAGGAAAAAUCAGUCCAU